AUGGAGAUGGGGUCGGACGGUCCUGAGGCCAAGCGUAUGAACCUAGCUGCACCUGGGAUCCAUGAAGAGGCACCACCGCCGAUGCCGGCGGCGGCCACCGGAGAAGCGACAGAUCUGGAACCCAUGGUCGUGGAGAAGAGCCAAGAACGGCCGCCCGGAGCCGAGAAAGAUGAAGAACAAUUGCUGGACCGCAUCAGCAGCGUCUCCGACCACAUCCUCGGUGAGAUCAUCUCCCUCCUCCCUCUCAAGGAAGGCGCCCGUACCCAGGUUCUCUCGUCCAAGUGGCGCCACCUCUGGCGCAAAUCCCCUCUCAAUCUCGACUUCCGUGGCCUCCCCGCCUCCUCGCCGCGAUGUGUCCUCGUGAGCGACAUCCUCGCCGCCCACCUGGGCUCCGGCCGGCGUCUCUGCCUCCCCGGUAGCCACCUCCAGUGCCGAGCCGAUGCCGUCGACGCCUGGCUCCUGUCCCCCGCCCUCGACAACCUCCAGGAGCUCGAGUUCUACUUCUACGGCAGAAGGUAUCGCGCUCCGGAUCUGGUACUAAAAUUGCUGCUACCCCCGCCGGAGUCCAUCUUCCGGUUCUCGUCCACUCUCCGCGUUGCAGUUAUCAGCAACUGCUAUCUCACGGAUGACGACGUGGAAACGCUUCGCUUCAAACAGCUCAGGAGGCUUGCACUCGUACAUGUCAAAAUCUCGGAGGUCUCACUGCACACCAUUAUCUCUGUGGGUUGUCCUGGCCUGGAGUGCUUGCUGCUUAGUACCAUUUCGGGCGUCCGUUGUCACCGGAUCAACUCCCCUACCCUUAGAAGCAUUGGCUUUUGUUCUAGCUCAGCGGAACUCAUCAUCGAGGAUGCCCCGUCGCUUGAAAGGCUGCUCUAUCCUGAAAUGAAUGAGACGAUGCAAACUAUGGUUAUCUCCGCGCCUAAACUUGAGACACUGGGCUGCAUUCCUGAAGAAUAUAGCGGAUCCAAAAUCGUGUUUGGCUCCACAGUUAUCCAGGGGACGCGCAUUGAUAGCCUGACAACGGUGGUGCGCACUGUCAAGAUCUUGGCCAUCCAUAUGCCAUUUUUUGAUCAGGAUAUAGUUAUGGACUUGAUGAGAUGCUUUCCGUGCUUGGAAAAGUUGUAUGCGAAGGAGAUAAAUGAGUCAUGCGAACAAAAGCGACAACAAAAGCCACCAAACUGUAAAGACUGGAAUCUUCUCACAUCUCUUGACAUCCGUUUGAGGACAAUAGUGCUUAGAUGUUAUUGCAAAACCUACUUCCAAGUUAACUUCGCCACAUUCUUCCUGCUGAACGCCAGAGUGCUUAAGUCAAUGAGGCUCGAGGUCGAAUCCUGCAAUUACAACGAGCACUUUUUCGCAGAACAACAUGAGAUGCUCCAGAUGGAGAAGAGGGCAUCUAGAGGUGCUCGGCUUUGCUUUACAACAGGCUGUCACCAUGAAGUUUCAGGUACCAUGCAUCUCGAUGAUUUGGAUUCUACCGACCCAUUCGCUUGUGGAUGUUGAAGAAUUGGUUUUCGCGAUUGUGGAGCGAGAUACUCUUGCCUUUCUUGUUUCCUGUUUUGGCAAAAGUUGCCCAUUAGCUGUCGUGUAUGUAGUGCUUCUAAGCAUGUAUUAUCUCAGACUCUUCUGAUGUUCAAAAUAAGCUACUUGUGGUCCAUGCACAAGCACAAUCGCACUGAAUAAUUGCCGGUGUUGGCUAUACUUGCACAAGAAACUUCUUGUGGUUCUUAUUUUGAUGUUCCAGUGGAGCAUCACUUAAGUUAUUUCAUACCUUA